GUCUUCAGCGGUUGUGGCGAUGAUAGCUAUGGCCGACGACAUGAGCCGCACCUGCGAUGCCAUCGUUGACCGGCUGUGGGAACGGAUCAAUUGCGGCGAAUGGCGUUCAGUGGCCAAAGACUUGCGCUACUCUAUGGCCGACGACAUGAGCCGCACCUGCGAUGCCAUCGUUGACCGGCUGUGGGAACGGAUCAAUUGCGGCGAAUGGCGUUCAGUGGCCAAAGACUUGCGCUACUGUUUGGCGUAUGUGUCGGCGCUGAAGGCCGUCUGCCGGUGCCUACCAUUGCCGGCCAUCAGCUGUUGUGGUGAUGAUAAUGACUGCGUUAAUGAACGCAAAGUGCAGGCCCUCUACGCCCUUGACUUCGGCCUCUUAAUGAGUCCCAGACUUAGCGGCGAUAAUAUAUUGGCCAAAAUGGCGACCGCUAUCCACGAGUCCAUUGUCUGCUGCGGCGGUUGUGAUAGUGAGCGGACACUAACCGGUGAUAAUCGCAAGAGAUUAAAGCUCAGCGCAGGUGACGAUCGGGCGCUCAACGCGUAUACAGUUGAUGCCACCGGUGAUGAUCACAAAAUGAGCCAUCAAUUAAGUGAUAAUAACAAUACUGUGAUAACAAUACCUGAAGACUAUCGCCGGUUAAUACCCUAUUUCGGUGAUAGUGUUAAGCAUCGCAUCAAACGUGUCCACGAGUUAGACAUCGAGACAUUCCUCGCCGACUACUUACGACCUCAAGAGCCGGUGAUAAUCACCGACUGUAUGGCCGAUUGGCCGGCGCUGAACGGCCCGCGCAAGUGGUCCGUGGAGUACAUUGCACGGGUGGCCGGCUAUCGGACGGUUCCCAUAGAGAUCGGCAGCAAAUACACGGACGAUGAAUGGAGCCAGAAGUUGAUGACUAUCAACGAGUUUAUCGCAAAGUACUUAACGCCGGGCGCGGAAGUGGAGGCGCCCGGCGGUGGCGGCGGACACCGGACCGGGUAUUUGGCUCAACACAACCUGUUUGAUCAGAUCGAGGAGUUGAUGGCCGACAUAUCAGUGCCCGACUACUGCUGUCUGACCACCAGUGGUGACAACAACGACACCAAUGAUGCUGAAGACGAGUCGGCGCCGCCCGAUGUGGACAUCAACGCGUGGUUCGGCCCUUCGGGCACAGUCUCGCCCCUACACUACGACCCCAAAGACAAUCUGUUGGCGCAGGCGAUGGGCGCUAAGUAUGUGCGCCUAUACCGGGCCGACACACCCGCGGAGGCCAUAUACCCGAACGAGUGUCGCCUACUGUCCAACACAAGCCAAGUGGACGUGGAGUGUGUGGACAGCGAACGGUUCCCGGCGUUCGCUACGUUGGAUCAGUACUGGGAGUGUGUGUUAAGUGAGGGCGAGAUGUUGUUUAUGCCGCGCCCGGUUGUGGCGAUGAUAGCUAUGGCCGACGACAUGAGCCGCACCUGCGAUGCCAUCGUUGACCGGCUGUGGGAACGGAUCAAUUGCGGCGAAUGGCGUUCAGUGGCCAAAGACUUGCGCUACUGUAUGGCGUAUGUGUCGGCGCUGAAGGCUGUCUGCCGGUGCCUACCGUUGCUGGCCAUCAGCUGUUGUUGUGGUGAUGAUAAUGACUGCGAUAAUGAACGCAAAGUGCAGGCCCUCUACGCCCUCGACUUCGGCCUCUUAAUGAGUCCCAGACUUAGCGCCGAUAAUAUAUUGGCCAAAAUGGCGACCGCUAUCCACGAGUCCAUUGUCUGCUGCGGCGGUGAUAGUGAGCGGACACUAACCGGUGAUAAUCGCAAGAGAUUAAAGCUCAGCGCAGGUGACGAUCAGGCGCUCAACGCGUGUACAGUUGAUGCCACCGGUGAUGAUCACCAAAUGUGCCAUCAAUUAAGUGAUAAUAACAAUACUGUGAUAACAAUACCCGAAGACUAUCACCGGUUAAUACCCUAUUUCGGUGAUAGCGUUAAGCAUCGCAUCAAAAGAGUCCACGAGUUAGAUAUCGAGACAUUCCUCGCCGACUACUUACGACCUCAAGAGCCGGUGAUAAUCACCGACUGUAUGGCCGAUUGGCCGGCGCUGAACGGCCCGCGCAAGUGGUCCGUGGAGUACAUCGCACGGGUGGCCGGCUAUCGGACGGUUCCCAUAGAGAUCGGCAGCAAAUACACCGAUGAGGAGUGGAGCCAGAAGUUGAUGACUAUCAACGAGUUUAUCGCGAAGUACUUAACGGACGGCGCCGGAGGAGUGGAGGCACCGGGUGUUGGCGACGGUGGACACCGGACCGGGUAUUUGGCUCAACACAAUCUGUUCGAUCAGAUCGAGGAGUUGAUGGCCGACAUAUCGGUGCCCGACUACUGCUGUCUGACCACCAGUUGUGACAACAAUGACAACACCGACGCUGAAGACCAGUCGCCGCCGCCCGAUGUGGACAUCAACGCGUGGUUCGGCCCUUCGGGCACAGUCUCGCCCCUACACUACGACCCCAAAGACAAUCUGUUGGCGCAGGCGAUGGGCGCUAAGUAUGUGCGCCUAUACCGGGCCGACACACCCGCGCAGGCCAUAUACCCGAACGAGUGUCGCUUACUGUCCAACACAAGCCAAGUGGACGUGGAGUGUGUGGAUACCGAACGGUUCCCUCUGUUCGCGGCGUUGGAUCAGUACUGGGAGUGUGUGUUAAGUGAGGGCGAGAUGUUGUUUAUGCCGCGCCGUUACUGGCAUUUCGUCAAAUCCCUGUCCGCCAGCUUUUCUAUCAGCUUUUGGUGGCAA